UUGAGACACUGCCCACAAAGUUUCUGUUUUGAGAGCUGAAGGUUUGACUGCAGACGGUGGUAGGCGAACAUCCAUACAACAUGAGACACAUGUUCUGCAUUAUACUGGUCCUUCAGCUCUUCACCCUCCCAGGGGCUGCUGAAAGCAGCAUAGUAGGUGGUAAGGAGUCAAAGCCUCAUUCCAGGCCCUACAUGGCAUCGCUCCAGUUCCAGGGAUUCCAUUCAUGUGGAGGGAUACUUAUUCGCAAGGACUUUGUCCUCACGGCAGCACACUGUAAUCAAAGUCAGCAGGAAAUGACUGUGGUACUUGGAGCACAUAACAUAAAAAAGGAAGAAAAAAGUCAGCAGAAGAUUCAGGUGGCUCAAUACCACAUACACCCCAAGUUUGAUGGAAAAUUCAAAUAUGACAUCAUGCUACUUAAGUUAAAACAAAAUGCUAAACUGAACAAAUACGUGAAGCCCAUUGAACUACCCAAGAAGGAUGGAAAGAUACCAGCAAACAUUAAAUGCACGGUUGCCGGCUGGGGCCAAACUGGAGCCAACAAGCCUCCUUCAAACGUUCUGAGGGAAACCACGGAGAAGCUGCAAUUCAGCUUCGAGUGCAAGAAUAUAUGGGGAGAAUACUUCAGCUCUGAUCACAUGAUUUGUGCCAAGUUUAACAAAACGACAGGAGGGGUCUUCAAGGGAGAUUCUGGGGGACCUCUCCUCUGCAACGCCAUGCCUCAGGGCAUAGUAGCCUUCUUUGAGAAUUGCAAUGACCCAAUAUUUCCCAAUGUCUUCACCAAAAUUUCAUUCUUUCUUCCCUGGAUUAAAGAAAUUAUGCAAAAAUAGUUGGUAGCAAUGGUUUAUGAUGAUGUUUGUGAAGAAAGAACCUGCUUGUUCAGUGAUUUGCUAUUAAAAUAAUGCGGUGCAUGUCGGAAGAUGAAAUUCAUGAGGCUGAUUUAUGUAAAAAUCCUACAAUAAAACCUGCUUUUAGCCAUGUGUCUUUUGAAGCCAUGUAGCAUCUUUCGGUCUUCAUGACUCACGGAUUUGAAUAAAAUAAUUACUUUUCA